AUGGCGACUGAAGCGACCCCUCCAAAGUUUCCCUUCGCUCGACCGCGAGGCGCUGAACCUCCCGCUGAAUUUGCUAAACUUCGUGCUACGAAUCCUGUUUCAAGAGUUGAGCUGUGGGAUGGAAGCCAUCCAUGGUUGGUAGUCAAGUACAAUGAUGUUUGCAGCGUCUUGACGGAUGAGCGCCUUUCCAAGCAACGCCAACGUGACGGAUUCCCUGAGAUGUCCGCCGGUGGGAAAGCAGCUGCGAAGAACAGACCGACUUUUGUGGAUAUGGACCCCCCUGACCACAUGCGGCAAAGGGGUAUGGUCACUUCGUUCUUUACGCCUGAAUAUACCGAAUCCAUCAAACCACAAAUUCAAAAGACCGUUGACCGGUACCUCGAGGAAAUGAUAAAGGGCGGCUGCGAGAAACCAGUCGACUUGGUGGAGAAAUUUGCCCUGCCAAUCCCAUCCUGCAUCAUUUAUGACAUCUUAGGUAUACCGUUUGAGGACUCCGACUCUCUGACGCAGUGGAAUGCCAUUCGGACCAACGGUAGUUCAACUGCGGCGGCAGCUGCCACUGCUAACACGGAACUGUUGGGGUAUUUGGACAAGCUCGUCGACAAGAAAAUAGCGAACCCCCAAAAUGAUUUAAUUAGCACUCUUGUCACUGAGCAACUUCAACCUGGCAACAUCGAUAAGCUGGAUGUGGUCCAGAUUUCUUUCCUCCUACUAGUUGCUGGCAACGCUACCAUGGUCAACAUGAUCAAUUUGGGUGUUGUUACGCUUCUUGAACAUCCAGACCAGUUGGAGGACCUUAAGAGAGACCCGUCUCUUGCGAAACCCUUUGUUGAAGAGCUGUGUCGAUAUCACACGGCCUCUGCCCUGGCUACACGUCGCGUCGCAAAAGUCGAUAUCACGUUGAAUGGCCAGCUUAUCAAAGCCGGAGAAGGCAUCAUUGCCUCUAACCAAGCUGCAAACCGAGACGAAGACAUUUUCCCCGACCCAGACAAGUUUGAUAUCCACCGCAAACGUGGUUCCGAGAGCGCCCUUGGCUACGGCUACGGAGAUCACAGAUGCAUUGCUGAGGGCCUCUCGCGUGCGGAAUUGGAGGCUGUGUUCUCUACUUUGUUCCAACGACUUCCGAACCUGAGACUUGGGAUUCCGCACUCGGAAAUCAAGUACAGCGAACCAACCAUGGAUGUUGGUAUCGCAGAACUCCCAGUGGUGUGGUAG